AUGGGUCGCGAACUGCAGAAGAAGAAGCGCCGCGCCGGUCGCAAGCCGGUGCGCCAGUCCAACAAGACAAAAAAGAUUCUCAACCCGCGGGGCAACAACAUCAUUGCCGAAAACUGGGACAAGAAAGCGACACUGUCGCAAAACUAUCGCCGACUCGGUCUCGUCUCUCGUUUGCGCGCGCCCACUGGCGGCGUCGAGAGCCCUCUCGACAAAUCUUCCAUAGCUGCCCUCCGCGCUGCCCACUCGGCCGCCGACGCCGCGUCCUCCUCUCCGUUUGCAAUCGAGAGCACCGAAAAGGCCAUCAUCUCUGAAGUCAAAGUCGAGCGCGACGCUUCCGGCAAGAUUAUCCGUGUCAUCCGCCCUGGCGGCGAGAACCCGCUCAACGAUCCCCUGCGGCCGCUCGACAACGACAGCGACGAGGAGGAAGUCGUUACUGAGCUAGACGAUGGUAGCUACAAGAAGAACAAGAAGCGAAGGGAAGAGCACGAGGAAUGGGGCGGCAUACACGAUGGAGAGGAUGAAGGCAUGACGGAUGUUGUGCGUGAGCUGGUGGAGCAGGCCAGGAACCCGGCGCCGAAAAAGACGAGGCAUUUGAGUGAGAGAGAGGCCGAAUGGCUGGAGAAGCUGAUUGCCAAACACGGCGACGACACGAGGGCGAUGGCGCGGGAUGCUAAGCUCAACCCGAUGCAGCAGACAGCGGCGGACAUAGCACGCAGACUUAAGAAGCUGAAUGCGUGA